GCAUCAGUGACACUUAAAUAGAAGGAGAUUUAAUUCAGCCAUUACGGUGACUGAGGCAGCGAGCUGGAGACAGGUCAAUAACCAACCGACAACAUGCUGCCUGCGAGAGUAGCUGCAGCCUUGGCCAGGACCAUGCCCAGGAGGGCUGUAUUUGUUUCCAAGGCUGUACCGCCCCCCUGCGUUGGGGUCAACCACAUCCAUACACACAGAUCAUGGCUGCAGAAGACAGGCACAGCUGAGGUGUCUUCCAUCCUGGAAGAGAAGAUCAUGGGGGCCGACACCUCUGCUGACCUGGAGGAGACUGGACGUGUGCUGUCCAUUGGUGAUGGUAUUGCCAGAGUGUACGGGCUUAGGAAUGUCCAGGCAGAGGAGAUGGUGGAAUUCUCCUCUGGUCUAAAGGGUAUGUCUCUAAACUUGGAGCCUGACAAUGUUGGUGUUGUGGUGUUUGGUAAUGACAAAUUAAUCAAGGAGGGAGACGUCGUGAAGAGAACUGGUGCCAUUGUUGAUGUUCCUGUGGGUGAGGAGCUGCUGGGCCGCGUUGUGGACGCUCUGGGAAAUGCCAUUGAUGGAAAGGUCAUUUGAGAGAUCCAUUUCUCCUUGACUUCUGAUUGGUUGUGGACACAGGCAUUGAACUAUUUCAAAGCUACUGUUUGCCAUUUAGUUUAAGGCAAAUGGUUGGAUUUAAACCAACAAUCUUCAUUGUGUAAGAUAAACCUCGAACCCACUUCAGUUUUAGAAAGUGGUUAAUGUUAAAUAGUGCUGCACAGUGGAUGCAUUAUUUUUUAUAUUGAUGUUUAUUCUGAAUAAAGAUUUUAAAAUAGAACAG